CUGGUCCUUUAAACAUUAAAUCAUCAAAUAUCUAUAAACGCGCAUCGAGGCUGGCUGAAUUCCCCCGUACAAAUCCCCAGUCGUGCUGACGUUCUCACAAAGAUGCAGUAUUUGCCGGUUUGUCCAUACCAAUUUUCAUCUGGAAGUUUUUAUUAAUCAGAGGCGUUUAUCAAGCGGGCCAAGCAUUAAAAGACGAACAACAACGUGACACAGAUAUCGGGAAUCGAGAUUAGAGUUAUCUGCCCGUGAUACGCCGUAAUGUCGCAGAUCAACACGCUUUCGCCUGAUUUUCGGCCUCAGGUAACAAAGAUGGCGCAGUGCGACAGAAGUGAGCAGUCGUUUGCCGGCGUGUUGGAGAUCAACGUCAAGUCGCAGUUCUGUUACGCCGACCCCAUCUCCUCGCGGGGCAAGACGCUGCAGAUGAUCCGGGUACUCACCCUUAUCUUCAUCCCCCUGGCUGGGGUGAUGGGAUUUGCUGCCAAUCUCAUGAUUGGUGCUAUCCAGUCGACAAAUGAUCUCCACGUCAUCCAAAAGCAACUGGCCAAGGCCCAAGCAAUAGGCAAUCUCGUCCACACUGUACAGAUGGAGCGAGCCGAUGUUGUGCUCGCCAUGAGGACAGGCAACUACAGCAUCAUAAACGACGUCUACAACAGAACAGACAAGAUGGCCAUGGAGCAGGAUCUCUGGCCAAUGUGUGGCCAUAGCAACGCCAAGGGAUUCACAGAAACCAUGCAGAAACACCGUUCCCAUUUGAAAGACGACAAUAACACCAGCCACAAAGAAGUCGUGUUUUACAACGAAAUCAACCAGUGUUUCAUCUUCCGUCUUCUCGAAUCCUCCAGAGACAUGACCCAUGGGUCGAUCUGGCAGGAUCUGAUAGCAUACAAGAUGGUCAUCAGAGCCAAAGAGAACAUUGGCAUCGUUGUCGCGUUUGGGAUCGUGUUCUUUGAGAACGGUUCUUUGAAUAAUGAGGACUACAUCUCGCUCCGACAGAACAACGCUUUAGCUGAGGAUCAUAUAGAUACAUUCAUAAGGUAUUCCAAACACGCCAGCGAUAUAUAUGAUGAAUAUAACAUGUCAAACUCUGGUGUAUUUACCAGCAUUGCCAAUUUCAGUUCCAUGUGGAUCUCAAAUAACUUCUCUGACUACUCCAAAGAGAUAAGUGCUACUUUCCGGGACACUACCUUUGAGUAUUUAGACAUUCUUAGGGACCUCAGUUUGAAGAUAAAAAGUGAUAUCAACCUUAGAAUGAAAGAAGAAAUUGAUGCGUCUGAACUGUUCCUAGCUGUUGCCAUUCUUGCGUUUGUGGUGGUCAUCGUGCUGACCCCUUUACUGGUCUGGUUGAUGCACAGGCUGACCACGUCCAUACAAGAAUACGCUCUAGACGCGUCAAUGAAGUCACGCCAGCUUAACAUUGAGAAGCAGAGAUCUGACAAUCUGUUGUACCAGAUGAUGCCCAAGUCUGUUGCUCAACAGCUUAAGAUGAACAAAGCAGUGAACGCGGAAUAUUUCGACAGCGUCACCGUCUACUUCAGUGACAUCGUCGGUUUCACGACCAUCUCAGCUCAGAGCACGCCGCUUCAGGUUGUGGCGUUCCUCAACAAGUUGUAUCACUUUUUUGACAAUUGUCUUGACCGCUAUGACGUGUAUAAGGUUGAGACAAUCGGCGACGCAUACAUGGUGGUCAGUGGUCUGCCGCAGAGGAACGCAUCACGUCACGUGACCGAGGUGACCUUGAUGGCGGUUGAACUUCUCGUCGGGGUAAAGGACUUCCGUAUUCCGCAUAUGCCAGAACAGGAUCUGAAUCUAAGGAUCGGCGUCCACACAGGGUCAGUGGUUGCCGGUGUAGUCGGGACGAAGAUGCCGCGGUAUUGUCUGUUUGGUGACACCGUCAACACCGCCUCGAGGAUGGAGUCAAGCGGCGCACCCCAGAGGAUCCACAUCAGUAAGACCACGAAGGAUCUCCUAACUGGCAUCGGUGGUUUCUUUAUUGAGCCACGUGGAUCCAUCGAGGUCAAGGGUAAAGGAGAAAUGGAGACAUUCUGGGUGACGGGAACGUCUCAUCACGUCCCCAGGGGGCCCUGCGUCGCCCCCCUCCCUGACGUCACCAGGAACGCCGCUGUCAUUGUCGACGUCGCAGCACUGAGUCGAGACCUAACAUCAAACGUCAGGACGAAGUUGUGAUUGACAAAUAUUGUGAUUUACAAGAGAAACACAUUUUCUAGGUUAUCAUUACAUUGAUUUCCUUACCAGCGCCGUGAGCCGAGUUUCUGACAAGACCUGAUACGUAAUACUCACUAACGCGUAUAUAUAGCGGGCAUUAUCGCUAUUUGAAACCCCAGAUGAUAGUACCGAGGUUGUAUUAUUGCGGAGCGCUCGGAAAACAUCGGGCUUUUCACCUGUGAAUGACAAGCUCCAAAACAGACGCAUUUGAGCGGCGGGCGGUACAUUAUCGUUCCUCAUGACCUAUUGCCAUCACGUGUAGGAUGGUUCAUUUUAUAUUGAUGUGUGAACAUGGCCAGACGAGUGACAACCACACACCUGAGGUUCGAUGCUAGCCAAAGUGCUAUCUAAUCUGUUGCUAUGUCAACGCCUUUGGAACUCCAACGUCCGAAACACGACCUUCAUCACAACCAAAUCUCAACUUAACUGUAGUUGGUCAGCGUUGUAAUGUAGGGAUAACCACCAGAGCUCAUCGCUGUAAUGUGUAAAUAAGCUAUGUCAUUAAUGGACCUGACUGCUGGCAUUAUAUGGAGAAUUGCUUCAAGACAAUUACUAUGGCAAUUGCUUCAAGACAGUCACAUUUGUUUUUAAACAUCACCUUCUUUAGCACAUCCAACAGUUUGUUAGAGUUAAGCCAAGUUAUAUUUUGACAGUAUUUACUUUGUUUUUAUCCUAUGCUCCACAUGACGAAUAUCAAAUGGUCAGUCUCAGACCUCUUUAACUCGAAGUCUUUUGGAUAAAAAAACUGAACAAAAAGCUUUUGGAUCAUGAUCAUUUUGGGGGAUAUUUUUGUCGUGAAAACUGAGCACAAAAUUUCAUGUGUAAUGUCUCCAAAAUAUUCAUGAUCCCUAGCUUGUUUUGUUCAGUAUAUGUGUCGAGUUUUCCGAAGUUCGAGACAAGCGGCGUGUUGAUAUUAGACAUGAGUAUCGAUAUGGAUUCGCUGGGGGCCAUGACAUCACGUCAUCAUAAACAGUACAGGACAAAAUAGAGCUAGGGGAUUAUUUGUAUAUAUUUGUAUUAACAUUUGCAUUUGGAAAAAGUGGAAACUUCACUGUCAGAAUAAUUAUCUUUUUAUUUGAAAAAAAAUAAACAAAAAAAAUAAUUUUGAUCUUUUUAUUUGAAUAAAAUCAUGUUUCGUGUUACCUCUUGUAUUCCAUUUGAAA